AUGAGCACAUCUGCACCACCCGAAAUCACCGUCCUCUACUUCGCCGCGGCCUCGACUGCGACGGGUCUGACCGUCGAGCGAGUGCCGCUUCCAUCGGGCGAGCCGCUGCCGCUCACGUCUCUGGCAGACUUGCUCGUCUCAAGACACCCCAAGACGAACCUCGACAAAGUGCUUCUGUCGAGCCAGUGGAGUGUCGACGCGGACAUGGUGGAUGAGCCGGAAAAGGUCGUUUUGAAGGGAGGAGAGGAGGUCGCCGUCAUCUGCCCCGUAUCUGGUGGCUGA